AUGGCAACUGAUGUCUCGAACAGCGAGCCGACCAAAGUGGGGCGCGACGACUGCGAGCUCAAUGCUGUGGUUGUGGGAAGUAAAAUAUCUGGUGCGGACGUGGUUGGUGAGGACAGAGGUUUGCUGACGGAUCCAGCAUCUGCAAGGGAGUUGGAACCCCGCUGGGUCGCGCGAUUAGCUUGCUACAUGUGCAUUGCUAUGUUCAUUGCAUACUUCGGCGGCAUGUUCACCAUGUGGAUAUUGGUGCGGCCCGCACGUUGCAUAGCUGAGCGAAAGCCUUGCCCAGCCUGCCCUGACUGCCCAGCUUGCCCAGCGGCAACUGCACUGGCAAAUGCCAGCGAUGCACCAGCUUCCUAUGGUUUCGUGUACACCGAGGAGGGCACUGCGAUCCUUGAAGAUCUCUUAGGGAUUGUGCGGAGUCAGGAUGCGCGGCAGGCACUCAUGAAGGCCGAGCAGCUGCUAAAGGACAAUCGCCAUUUCCUGGAUGCUUGCCAUCCUCUUAUGCACCGACUGGGCAGAACCUUGUACUUUGAGGCGGGCAAGGACGGCCUUGUCAAUGUCCUUGGCUCACUCCUCAAUUUCGACGACACUGCCCGCAGGGUGGCAGCAGAUCUUGUCACAAAAGGAUCUGCUCCAGGCUCAGCAACGGCGGGUGCCGCUGCUUCAAGGCGGGAUGUGGACCUGCUCAUGGUCUGCAACGCUGCAUAUCUCCAUGGCGCAAUUGAGCUCUUCCUCUCUAAAGCAGGUGCUGCAGGGAACUUCGAGGCCGCUACUCGCUUCGUGGCUUCUCAUGUCUGUCAGCGGAUGGGGCGAGAGUUCCGACCUCCAUGGGAGUGCUACCAUGGGGUCGGGCACGGUGUGGUGCAAUACUUUCGCGAUGUCAGCACACGAAAGGGUCUCCAGGACGCUCUGCAAGCCUCAGCAGUGCUCCGCAACAACCAGAAUACGCUUUGGAAUGGUAUCUGGAUGGACCAUUUUGCCUCCACCACCGUCUCCGGCCAUGACGCAGAUGAUGCGCAAGGUGCAUUAUCAAUUUGCACUGAUGCUAAUGCUGGAAAUAGCAGAGGCAAGGGCGAUUGCUAUCUCUACUCGCCGACGGCCUUUCUCUUGCAUCGCCCACGCAGCUACCUUGAGGCACUUCGCUGGUGCGAAAAAGGCUGCAGCGGGCGUGGCAACGGCUGCCUUUCUAGCUGCACAAGCGGCGUCGGAAUGCAGACUUUCAAAGAGAACUUGGACAAUUUGCGAUUGGUGCAGCGGGUUUGCAAGGCUGCCAAAUCGGGCUUAGCAAGCAGCUGCAUGCAUGGCGCCUAUGGCUACUACCACUUCGCCUUCGGAACCAAGGUUCCGAAAAGCUUGUGUCAGACAAUGGAGAACGAUGACUUGAAGAGGCAAGAUGAACUCAUCCUCCAGUGCUCACAAUCGCAGCUGCCAACCGCACCUCCUGUUCUUCAGGCCGCUGUCCCGCUAACAGACAUCGCAUGGGCCUGCCACUUCUCGGGCCAGCUUGCGAGCCGCACUCUACACGCGGUAAGGACUUUUCUUUGCGACAUUGGCGGCCAAUUCUCCAGCGCGGCUUUCCCUGCUGCGCAGCAAGCUUUUCGAGAUACCUCUCGCCCUGGGCUUCCUCACGUGGUUCUCGAGUUGGGUGAUCGCUGUGUUGUCUACAAACCACCUUCCUUCUGGCAGGUGGAUGAUGGCAAAGACGAGCCCCAGGACGACUCGCUGCGGCUUUCGCAAUUCACACAGGCAAUGAACCCUACUCGCUGCUGGUCAAUCCUGGAGGACAGAAGCCACGGACGUGGGUUUCUGCAUCGCCUGGACAUUCCCACAUCUGGGCUGAUUCUGACGGCAAAGACGCAUCGUGCCUUCUAUGAUUUGCGGCUGCAGCUGGCACUUGGCCAGAUGAAGCGGGAGUAUUGUGUCCUCAGCCAUGGCAGCGUACCACCAGCACGACGCGUUGUUCGUUGCCGAGUCCACUGGUUUGGAAAUGGCAGACAGGCUGGCAGCAUCGUUGCUCCUGCUGGCCGCCCCGCCUCUUCGAGGUUGAAGGUUUUGGGUGUAGCCGACCUUGCCGAGCAAGUGUUCAGCCUGCUGGCAAUUCACAUCCUGACUGGGCGGCAGCAUCAGAUCCGGCUGCAGAUGUCCCACAUAGGUCACGCCACGGUCUCCGACAAGAGAUAUUUUUCCGCGCGAAACUGCUUGGAGGACAUGACCUGGUGCCCUCGUAACUUUUUGCACCGAUACCGCCUGGCCUUCCUUGACCUGCGGGGAUGCCACGCAGAGGUUCGGGAGCCUUUGCCCUCCGACCUCCGCGGAGCCAUGCAAGUGCUGAACUCACGGUGCUCCAACUGCAUGGCGGAGAACUUCCGGUGUCCAUUGCAGGCGACGAAGUCCGUAGACGACAUGCUCAGGCAUGGCCUAUCUGUGGAGAAUUUGGAAACCUUAGAUCAAGCUGGCAGUGGUCGCGAGCCACUGAUACGGUAUGAAGGGUCCCAUGGUCAGCUGUUUGCGCAGCAGGCCUCAUUAGUGGACGAAGGGGAGGUCACAGACGUCCACUCGCCAGAGGAUGCUCAGGAACAGUCCCAGUUCUUGCAUGCAGCCCUGGCCUCUCGCUUUGAGCGACAUCCCAAUGGCUCUCAAGGCGGGGCAGUGCCCUUAGCAUGGUUGACCAUUGCCUUGGAGAAGGAGCUUCUUCGUCACAUCCGCCUCUUCGGCUUCUUCCCGCAGUACGAGCAGCGUGCGCUCGCUAUCGUCCCUGAGCUGAAGGAGCUUUUGGUGGAGGUUUCCCGCGCGACGGCCACUUCCCAGAUGGCAAAAGCUAUCAGAAAGCAGUGCAUGGCCAACCGUCUUGUGGCUUUCUUGCUGCAAAGUCCCGGUUUCAUCUUCGAGCCCGCAGCUUCGGAGGACCCCGCAGCGCGUUUGCUCAAGGGCCUGGUGCGCCGUGAGGAGUCUCCAGCCGCCUCCAGGGAGGCAGUGUCGUCCGGGAUCUCACGGCCCACACUGGUGGGUGAAGGUCGACGGGCAUGGCGUCGCCCCAUGCCCGCAGAAAUGCCAAAGUCUGCAGUUGAGCUGACGGAGGUUUGCGAGAGCUUACAGUUUGAGGCAGGUUCCUCCCAGCUUUGGGCUUUGUUCCUCAGAUCUCAAGGAUCCCGAAGCAAGGAGGCUGCCCUCAUGGCGCUGGAGUUUGAAGUUGCAGCUCUGCGUGCUGGAGUCCGCCGAUCACACUACAAAGAAGUCGCGCCGGGGCUUUUGCUUCUUGCGGCCUGCGAAGGUUCGCCAGAGCUCCAGCUCUUGAGCAUGGCCGGCGAGCUCACGACGCUUCGGAGACCACCAGUCCUGCUGUGCAAGCCUGCUGCAUUCGCGACUAUACCAGACUUGGCGCUUGCAGUGUCCGAGUUGCCUAUGCUGGGGGAGGGCAAGUCUUGGUGGUUGGAUGUCUUGCUGCGCGAGCCUCAAGUUGACGCCUCGCUGCUUCCUCUCAAGCACUGCCAGGGGGCAGACCUCGCAUUAGAGGUCAUGGCAUCGCUAGCUACGCCCAGCCUUUGCGCAAGCCUCAAGCGCGAAUCAGAACCAGGGCACAUCCGCUUGGUGGCUUUCCAGGCAAAUGGUAACUCUUUCCUGUUGGGAUGCGAGGUUCCAGAAUUGCUGCGCCCAGCGGCCAUGGCACUGCCACUUUCGUGGCAUCAAAUGUGGUCUGCUCGCUCUUUCAAGUUCUCCGCUGGGAUUGAUUCUUAUGUGGCAAGUGCUGUCGUCUCCAUUGCCUUCCUGGAGUGUGAGAAAAGAGCCGGAACUCGGACUGCUUUAGCACUGUCUUUGUUGGAUGCCUGCUGUGGAAGCGGCACCCUGGCUGCUGUUGCCGCUGCAUCGGGCAAAUUUGCUUCCGUGAUUGCCAGCGACAUAGACCCCACGUUUGUGACAAGGGCGCGUGAGAACUUCGCAUUUUCAAACCUUCAACAGCAUGUCCGUGUGGUUGUGCAUGAUGCCACUGCUUCGUUUGUAGGCAUAGUCCAAGCACCGGAUGUGGUGGUGGCGAACCCCCCGUGGGGUUGGCGCAUUGGCUCUGGCCCUGGCACAUCUUUGCAAAUCGUACGCAAUCUCUUGCAGGAGUUUCCGCAAGCAGUCAUUGCUUUGAUUUGCCCCGAGCUGCCGCUAGAGCGAGAUGUGCGAGAGAGUGGGUUCGUGCUUCGCUGGAGCUGCACCUUGGGCCAGAGCGCAGUGUGGAUCCUCGUGCCCGCUGAGCCUCCAGAGAAAGAAACUGAAUUGUGCAAAUCGGCGGCUGACCUUGCAAAGCAAACGCUCUCAGGUAUGCAAGCUCAUGUUUUUGUGCGGCUUGAGCCGUCAAGUGACACAUGUGCUAAGAUUCCCAAGCUGCGCAGCACUGUGCGCAACAGGGUCGUUCAAGCGAUCAUCCUACCGGCAGAUGAGAGUAUGAAGAUAGACUUUUUCAUGCAGUAG